GAAACAGGUAUUCCACGCCCCUCAGUCCCGCGCGCCAACCGAAGUGCAAGCAUACACCAGUACACCACUCCCAACUCCAUGCUUCCGCCGUUCGAGGAAAAAAAAAACUCCAUGCUUCCGCCUACAACUACCGGGCUGCAGUGCACUGGAGUGCUCCCAAGCGGUUGAACAGCAUGCCGCGCCUCCACAACAGGCCACCGCCACCCAUGACUCCUCUGCCGCCGCUCCGCCUCCACCUCCUCCUUCUCGUCCUCCUCGUCGCAGUCUACGCCACGCGGGCCGUCGAUCCGGGCAGCUGCGGCGGGCCCGACAGCUGCGGCGACCUCGUCCUCCCCUUCCCGUUCCAUCUCAACUCCUCCUGCAGCAGCGCCGGCACCAAUUCCUCCCGCUUCCGCCUCUCCUGCGACGCCAAUGCCACCCUCACCCUCCCACUUGGCUCCGCCACGUUCCGCGUCCUUGCUUUCCUCCCCUCGGGGUCGCUUCUCCUGGACUACGCCCCGGCUUCACCGUCCCCGUGCGAUGCCGCGUACGCCCCUUUCUCCCGACCGACCUCCCCGGCGGCCAAGCUCGACGCCGCGCCCUUCCUCGCCGUCACGCAGGCCAAUGUCCUCCGCCUCUACGCCUGCGAGGACUCGUCGCUCUGCCGCGCUGGCUGCGACGAUGUCGCGACGUGUGGCCGCGUGGCGGGCGGUGGCAAGUCCGGGUGCUGCUACCCGCUGUCGGACGGCAGCGUUUGGAAAGCCGGGAACGCGCUGGGCGUGUUCGCUGACUUCGGGUGCCGAGGGUUCUCGAGCUGGAUCAAGAACCGGUCGGCGGCGCCAGGGGCAGCAUGGGUCGUGAGGGGGAUCGAGGUCGAGUGGGCCGUGCCGAGGGGCAGCGCCAUGGCGAAAUGUGCUGAUAGCGCCUCCCUCGUGAAUGCCACGGCAGUGCGCGACAGCGUGCGGUGCGCGUGCGCGGCAGGGCUCGUCGGGGACGGCUUCGCACAGGGCACCGGUUGCUCGAAAGGCACAAGUAAGUACAUUAAGUUCUACUCGUGCGAUCCCUGUGCAAACUUACCAAUCCUAGCAUGUCUCCAUUCGUUUGUGUACAUAGCCUGCAGCAGUGAUGGGCAGGCAAGUGACGGCAGGGAGUGCUGCCAAGGACGGUUUUGCUCCAAGAAGGCAGUUGCUCUUGCCGGAUUUUUCGUUUCGCUCUUCUUCCUCGCAGCGGCCGUCUCGUUUUGGCUGUUCCUAAGGCAGCCAUCCAAGGACAGCCAGUGCCAUCUCGACCCGGCGUGCAUCCCCAAGAUCUUCCGGAGCGUGUGCGACGCGAAGCAGUUCACGUACGAGCAGCUGGAGGAAGCAACAAACAGGUUUGACAGCGAGAAGGCCGUUGACAGCGUCGAUGGCACGGUCCACGCCGGCGUGCUCGACGACGGCUCCCUGGUCGCGGUGCAGAGGGUCGGCUACGAGACGCAGGGGAAGCUGAGGCUGGUCCUGGACCGGAUCGAGCUACUGUCCGAGAUCUCGCACCGGAACAUCGCCCAUGUCGUCGGCUUCUGCCUCGAUUCCAGCAACGCGCUGCUGCUCGUGCACGAGCACUUCGCCGGCGGCACGCUCGAGGACCACCUGCGCCAGAUAAAGUGCCGCGUCCUCAGCUGGUUCCACCGCGUCAAUAUCGCCAUCGAGCUCGCGAGCGCGCUCACGUACCUGCAGGCGCACGAGACUGCUCCGACCUUCGUCCACGACCUCAAGUCCAGUGACAUUUUCCUGGACUCUGACUUCACCGCCAAGAUCGCCGGCUACAAGCUCACAAGGUCGGCGACCUACUACUCCGCAUCGUACGAACAUGACGUCGUGUUCAACUUCGGUCACCUCUUGAUCGAACUGCUGACGGGGCUGCGGCAGCAGAUGCCGUUCGACUCGGUCGCGCCAAAGGUGCGGGAGGGGAGGCUUCACGAGGUCAUCGACCCAACGCUGCUGUCGGGGAAGCAGCUUCCGGCCUCGCACGACGAGGUGAGUGAGGUGUUUGAGCUCGCCGUCCGGUGCCUGUCCAGCGCCGAGAACGGGCUCUGCAUGCUCGGCGUCGCCAAGGAGCUGAUGCACAUUCGGAGGGACAACGGGAGCAGCAGCAAGAUCGAGAUCUCCCUCGAGGAGACGUUCUCUAACUCGAGCCUGCUGCAGAUGAUCUCCAUGUCGCCGGACACCCUGCAUCUCCAUCUUCCUUGAAGAUAGACGACGAUGCGCUUGUUAAUAUUCAGAGCAAGACUCAGGCCUCUCCCUGUUAAAAUCAGUUCUUUUCUGCCAAUGCUUAGUUAUCUCUGUGUCAUCGUCGAUCGGCAAAUGUUUACUGCAAUACAGAGCAGUACUCCGGCGCCGAGUGAUGCCUGCGGAGACGCCUUAC